AUGCGGCCAAUUACUCUAGAUGGGUUACAGCGCAAUCUAGCUAAUUUUUGGAAUCACAAUGCCUUCCUACAGCUGCACGAUUUGACUCAGCAGGCAAUGUUUGUCAGCAAGACAUCUGUUUGGGCUGAUAGUGAGAAUCCAAGCCAGGAUUUUGUUCCGGCUGACCCAACCCAGGAGUAUAUCCCACCUAGGCCUCCCAGGACUGACCGAGGCGGGAUGAGAAAACCUGUGGCCACCCAGGAUACUGUCGGGCCAUCUUCUACCCCGCAUGCGUCUCCUCACCGUCCAGCAUCGCCACACCACCAUCCCUCUCCUCCUUUUGAGCAAAUUCAUUUUGAUUCAGAUUUUAUUAAUCUAGAUCCUAAUGCAGGGGGUUUCUUUCAGACUGGUUACGGGGGUGGUCAUCACAGUCAGCAUCUAGGCGGUGACCAUAUCCAUAAUGGUCAGGAGGAUGAUCAGGAUCAGGAGAAUCAUCGGGAUCGGGAGGAUGAUGAUGAGAGGACCAAUAAUUCUGAUGAUGCUGAGAGCACUUCUUAG